AUGUUCGCGGAAGCUUCCAAGCGACUGUUGCCGUUACAUCUUAGCUCGUGUGAUUCCGCGGAUGCUCGGAAACGCCGGCGCCUGUGCCCGACGUCGCGACGCCGGGCGAUCCAGGGUGUGAGGGACGUCGAGCGGGGUCACCCAGCAGCAAAGCCGUCCUUUUUGCGCGUUCACCCCGCCAGAAGGGUCUCGACUCUACCCUCGCUCGGACGCCGUUGUUCCUUCUCAACAACGCUCGCCGCGGCGAUAAAUCGCCCGACGAUGCUGACCAUGUCAACUUUGAUGAUGCCAACCACUAUCACGACCAUCACCAACCCAGGACCUAUUUCGACGGCGAGUGUUCCGCAGAAAAGUGAAAAUAAGUUGACUACUACCGCCAGUCUGAGUCAUCCCGCCUCUGCAGUCAACAGUAAAUCAGGUGCUUAUUUUUAG